AUGGAGAAACGGAUUCGUCUCCAGAAUGUUGACGAUGAGGGUGUGAUAAGGCCGAGAGAGAGACGCUUGAUGGCGGGAUCCAAAGGCCAGGAGUUCGAUCGCGAUCGAUAUGAGCUGGCGAGAGUGGGAAAGGAGCAGGUGUUGAAGCGUCGCUUUGGGUUGGUAUCAAUGACCGGUCUGUCAUGCGGCUUGAUGUGUACUUGGGAGACGCUGCUCGUCUACUUUAGUGUUUUCUCAAUAGGCUUCAACAACGGCGGACCUGCCGGUCUUAUAUACGGCUUCAUACUCAUCUGGCUCGGUAACUUCUCCGUGUUUAUCUGCAUUGGGGAGCUGGCUAGUGCGGUACCGACGGCUGGAGGUCAAUACCAUUGGGUGUCGCUGCUGGCACCACAGUCAAGCAACAAAUUCUUCAGUUAUGUGACAGGCUGGCUCACGGUCAUUGGGUGGAUUGCAGCUCUAACUUCCGUAUGCUACUUUGUUGCCGACCUUAUCCUACAACUCGUCAGUUUGAACGAUGCCGACGGGGCUUAUGCGAGAGAAGGAUGGCAUGGAACACUACUUCUAUGGGCUCUCCUACUCCUCUGUGUCUUCAUCAACGUAUUCAUCAGUGGCGCGCUACCCACCAUCGAAGUUCUUGUGCUGAUCGUCCAUAUCCUUGGUUUCUUCGGUAUCCUCAUCCCACUGGUUUACCUCACGCCAGCACACAACUCGGCCAAAGAUAUUUUCUCGAAAUUCCACAAUGAAGGCGCGUGGAGCACCCAUAUAUUGGCGUUCUUUGUCGGUCUACAAGGCAAUGCUUUGGCUUUUGUCGGAACUGACUCUGUCGUCCACAUGUCCGAAGAAGUCAAAAACGCAAGCACCGAAGUCCCCCGCUCCAUGCUCCUCAGCCUCGCCAUAAACGGCACCCUAGCCCUCGGCAUGCUCUUCGCCGUCCUCUUCAGCGCCGACGACAUCCCGCGCCUACUCCAAGACCAAGACACCCAAACCGCUCCCUUCCUCCGCAUAUUCCACCACGCCGUCGGCUCAAAAGCCGGCGCCACAGUCAUGGUCUCCAUCAUCGUACUACUCGAAUUCUGCAGUGCAAUGGGCUGUCUAGCCGCCGCAUCACGCAUGACCUGGUCCUUUGCACGCGAUCGCGGCCUGCCCUUUUCGCGAGCCCUAAGCAUGAUCGACAAACGUAGCACUAUCCCCGUCAUAUCCAUCCUCAUCGUAACCCUCUUCGCCGCCCUCCUCGCCCUCAUCAACAUCGGCAGCAGCACCGCCUUCAACGGCACCAUAUCCCUCGUCCUCGAAGGCUUCUACCUCUCCUACCUCCUCGCCAUUGCUUUACUCCUCUGGCGGCGUCUCCGCGGCGAUCUCGACGAUUGUCCCGAUACAGAUACACCAACAAAUACAGACAUGCAAGCAAAGAGACUAUCAUGGGGCCCCUGGCGUCUCCGCGGCGCACUCGGCGUAGCGAACAACGUAGUAGCGAUUGCGUAUCUCUUCCUCAUUAUUUUCUUUAGUUUUUGGCCUACGCAGCCGGAUCCGGAUUUGACGAGUAUGAAUUGGGCGGGCGUGGUGACGGGGGGUGUGGCGGCGUUUAGUGUGCUGUAUUAUGUGGUGCUGGCGAAGAAGUCGUAUACGGGGCCGGUGGUUGAGGUUGAUCCGCGGGCGUUGUGA